AUGGCGGAGGUCAGGCUGCGGUUUGCGAGAGAAGCUUACACGCUUUUAAAACCAUCGUAUCAACUUGUUUUAGAUAAAAAGUUAAAAUCGAUCUCAAAGGCAGCUUAUGUUGUAGCCUUAACUCUAAACGACCGUGCUACAAGCGAGCAAAGACUGGGUGCUUCAAGCCGGCCAUUUCUGGAGACUCCAAAACUGAAGUUAUCUGAGAUAACUGGAGGUCUGGUUACCAUAAAUAGGGGUGCUGAUAGAGAUGCAGUCUGCUUGAACUCUCUCUCUAAACAUAAGCAUGGAAAUGUCAGUGUGUGCAUCGAUUGCAAUGGGUUACAUGCCAUAACUCCAGUUCACUUGUCCUCCUGGAGGAGCUCGUGUUUGGGAAUAUAUGGAAAGCUCCCUCUCCUGUGCAUACACACUACCUCUCAUCGUUUUAAACUCAAUUUCAGGAGAUCCACCCAUACCAAAUCACUUUAUGGACUUUCACAUGGUCAUUUAGGGCAGUUGGCUUCUGAGUUUGUGUCUUUCUCCAGAGCUUAUAGUGGCAGGAGUAAUGGCACUCAAGAGGAGCCGCUAUUCAAAUCGAAGUCUGCCUACUAUGACAUUCUCGAGGUUUCUCCAACAGCCACUCAAACGCAAAUCAAGACUGCGUACUAUAAAAAGUCCUUCAUGUAUCACCCGGACAAGAACGCAGGGAGCGAGGAUGCCACAUCUCGCUUCACGCAGAUCAGUGAGGCAUACCACGUACUGAGGAAUAAAGCUUUGAGGAAGAAAUACGAUCGGGGGAUCUUGAGUCAAGGGGACCUGCAGGGAUCCGGCAGACCUACAGUCAGAGAUAGUCCCGCAUCAGGUCAGCAAACCAGAGCCAGACACGCCCCUUCUGUUGGAGUUGACCAGCAGAACAUCUUCGACUUUGAUACUUUCAUCCGAGCACACUAUGGAGAACAGCUGCAGAGGGAUAAAGAGCUCCGGCAACGCAGACAAGAGAUCCUUAAAAAACGAGAGCAAAACUACGAGGACGUGAAACUGGGCAGGAUGAAAGAGAUAACUGUGGGGAUUCUGCUGGUUAUGGCAAUGGCAAUUCUAUUUAAUCUAAAAUCUAGCAAAUGAUUAUGAAGUAGGGGUUACUAGAAGCAUAUGUCUGACAUUUAACAGUUGGAAAUUAUAUUUGGUUUAAAAGCUAUGUGCCAACACAAUUUUCUUUAGGCAAAAUGACCAUUGUACCCAUAGUUUUCAGUUAUACAAACAUGGUAAACUACAGUUAUUGUUACUACUGUUAUAUCAUACUUCCAAUUGUGAUCUCAUUAAAACAGUAUAAGCAUUCCCACCUGUACUAAUAGUAAUAACUGUGUUUACCAUGAUAAUUAAAUAAGAGGACAAAUGAAAAGGGAUUUGGUUAUGUGUUAUGAUGAAUGACAUUGUAUCUGUAAUUGUGUAAUUGUCUACAUCUUUGCUUAAUGGGAUAGUUCACCCAAAAAUGACAAUUCUGACAUCAUUUACUCACUCUCAUGCUAUCCUAGAUUCAACUUUCUUUGGCUGAACACAUGAAGAUUUCUAAAAGAAUAUCUCAGUUCUGUAGGUCCAUACAAUGCAAGUGAAUGGUGGCCAGAACUUUGAAGGUCCAAAAAGCAUAUAAAGGCAGGAUAAAAGUAAUCCAUAAGAUUCCAGUGGUUACAUUUAUGGCUUUAGAAUAAAUAUUGAAGUCGUUUUUUUUUUUUUUUACACUAUAAAUCUUCGUACCAGCCCAGUCCGUGGUGAUAUGGUCAAAGAAUGUGAACCGCCAUAAAAAAAAAGAAUGUGAAAGUGAAAGUGAGGAUUUAUAGUAAAAAUGACUUUAAUAUUGAUCUGUUUCUCACCCACACCGAUCAUAUCACUUCUGAAGACAUGAAUGUAACCACUGGAGUCUUAUGGAUCACUUUUAUGCGGUGUCUGUGAUUUUUGGACCUUCAAAGUUCUGAUCACCAUUCACUUGGAUUGUAUGUACCAAAAAUCUUUGCUUUCCGCAGAAGUCAUACACAUCAGGGAUGGUGUGAUAAUUUUUGGGUGAACUAUUCCUUUAAACUGUUGUAUUCAAACAAAGUAAUAACAUGGUUUGUGUCAUUGUAUUAUGUAUGGAGAUACUCAGUGCUUUUAAACCGCUAAUGGGCACUGAUGGCAUUAUUUUGCACAAGGGUCCUCAGUAAAGACCGGCCUGGUUUGAUUAUUAUAUGCCUCUCAUUAUUUGCAUACACCUGGGCCUCUGAUUUAGGUUUUAGAAUAACUGCCUAUUACUUAAUAGUAAAGAGAAUGGAAAAUAAUGGAAAUGUAUGGGGCUAUGAAUCAAGACUGCCAUCACAAAUAUUGCAGGUUUUUAUCCCAAAUUGGGAUGAACCUGUAAAUGGAGAGUUGCUGAGAUUACAACAAAACUCCAUCAGUUUAAAACUGCUUUGUGUGAAGAAAAUAUGCCUUCUGAUUAUUUAAAUACAUGGAGGAACAUGUAUAAAGUCUAUUAAAAAAAAACUAAAUUGUUCAAAACAUUUUUAUUCUAUUACUGAUUGUGUUGAAUAAAAACUAAAUGUGUUUUUUGAAUUGCUUUGUGACACUGAGAGACUUUGGUAAAGUGACCAAGUUUAUCAGAGUAAACCCUUUGUGUCUACAUAAUAGAUAUCAAUAUGCUAUAUGCAUAUAUACCAGUCAAAAAACCUUACCCUUAUAUUUUGCAUGUGCCGUGGCCGGUUUGGACAUCAUGACACUCAAAUAAAUGCAGAGUACAGUGGUAAUGUGUUUGUACAAAAGAUAUUUACUUCAGUUAAUACACCUACGGUGGUAAUGAGGAAUAAUAAUAAUAAUAAUGAAUUUCAAACAGUGAUAUUGCUUUUUUUUUUUUUUCAUUUUUGAUUAGAACUGUAACAGCGCUGGGAACAGAAUACAAGACUCCAUGAUGAUACACAAAGGAAAAACAACCAAACUAAAUACAUAUCAAGAGAAAAAAGUGGAAGAGUCUUUAUUCAGUAAUGGAGGAUUCAGCUCCACCUUGUGGUUCAAAACCAUGACACAUAGAAAAAUAAAACAUACAACUGUUGUUAGCAGGUGUAAGGGGAAAGUGUCACCAACAAACUAAUGGACAAAAGGACUGUGCUAAACCGAGUUUCUACCUGAGCUUUGAGAGACCUAAGGAGAAUCUAUAGGAUACCAGCUUGUGUUGGGAGCUGCCUGUGAUAUUUCGAUAUACAAGGCUCAUUACCCUUAUACAGCAAACAGAGCACAACGGAGAGAGAUCUGAAUGUCAUAACCGAGAAAACCCCAUUUCCAUAGAUUGUUGGUCAAUAUAAGCCAUGAUAACUUUUGUUAUAAAGUGUUGCUCUUGCUGAAAACGACUUGACAGGUGUGUAAUCAACGUGUUUGCUUAAAAUGUAACACAAUUACACAACUUUGAAGAAAAAUAAAAAUCUCUAUCUGGGAUACAUUGAAACAAACUGUGGCUGUUCAGAACAUACUGUCUCAGGUGAAGAAAGAACAUACUGUCUCAGGAAGUGAUGUAAAUGUGAGGGAAUAAACGAGGUAACAAUUAUGACAUCACUACUGAACUAAGCUACGGACAAAUAUCUACAUUAAUGCUACUCGUGACUACCAAUAUAAUAUCAAUAAUGAUGAACUUUUUUGUUUGUUUUUAUUUUUUCUGUUUUUUUUAAUUUUUCUUAGAAAUCAUAGAAACGUGCUUUCUGUGCAGCUGUAUGUUGAUGUGUUUAGUUAAUCUGCAAUCCUUUCCAUAGAAAAAUAUUUGCAAAAAGAAGCAGAGCAAAGUGCUGGACAUCUGAAUUGAGAUUUGUAAGUGUUCUAAGUGUUUCAUGCCAUGAUAUCAACAAUAAUGUUACGUUUCAUUGAGAAUGUGACAGACAUACAGUAUAAAGCAUUCUUAACACAGACCAGAUUUGAAUGUGCACCUAAGUUUUUUUUUUUUUUUUUGUAUAUUCAAAUGAUAAAAUAUGGUUAAAAUCAGAAAUUUUACAACUUGAUUUGUCCGUUUUGACAAUUUGGUCCGCACUACAGUAUAGUCCACAACUCAUUUCAACAUGCCUAAUCCAUCUGUAAAUUUCCAGUGGGAAACUUACUGUUAAAAUAUGACAAAAUGGUAAAAGAAAAAUCUAAUGCCUAGACAUGAUUAAAACGACAUCUGGGACAAAAAUUUCCAUUGUAAAAACUUUGGUAAUAAUAACCAAGCCUGAAUCCUGGGACAGCUGUUUUCUCUUAGAUAAAACAAUACACUCACCCUAAUAAUUACAGAAUAUUAUGACCUGAGACUAGAUGAGACAUUAUUAUUAACUUGCUGGCAAAAAUUGCUCAAAUGUUGUAUGAUCUGAUGCACAAUAUUUCCAAUCUGUUUUGAACACUUAUUUGGAAUGGAAAAAGACAUGAUUAGUGGCGAACAGUUUUCAGUGAAGGCACUCCAAUGUUAGACGUGGAGAGAAAGUUAGAGAAACAGUCACAGGCUUAAACAUAUUUGUAUAUUUCGAUAAAAACAUUGGUAUCUGUGCUUUUUCUUUUUAGCUCUAAAGAGAAAAUUUUGAUUUAUAUCAAUCAUUCAUUGGCACGCAUAAAAAAGGCCAAAAGGCAGUUUUAAGCCGACAUUGUUCUCCAAGAUUCAACGGAGUAAAUCCAAAUGUAAGAUUACCAAACAACAUCAAGUGAAUUUCAUUCCUCCUCCAAAAAAAAAUAAUCUAAUUCCUCAAGGUGCAGCUCAAAGCGACAGUGACGUUUACUACCAGUUGUUCACUGGCUCAUUGUAGCAACAAAGCUUGAUUGCGAUUAUAAAUGUAAUCUCAGAUCGUUCGCAGGUUAUUUACCAGAGAACCCAAAUCAAGAGCAUUAACUGUAAAGAGAAAAUAGCCAAACACAAUUCAUCAUGAAUUGUCAUCUUUAAAGAUUUCUCGUGUUAAAACUUCUAAAUGCUUACUACUAAAAAUCAUUAAUGCAUUACAUUUAGUUCUGCUUCCUUUGUCAACGUAGUAACUGUGUUCAUCCAGCUCACUGACAGAGUAAAAUAUAUGAAAUUUUUUUUUAAAUGAUAAUCUUCAGAAUUAAUCAAUAGACAUGUAUCAAAAGUACAUCAUUUAAGUGUAAUCCAAUACUGCCGGCAGUCUAUUAGUCUAAAAAUAUGUAACCUGACCUUUUAUAGUCCCUUCCAUUACAAAAAAAGAACACGUAUAACAAUAUAAGACAUCAAUAUGUAAAAGACAGCAUCUAUAAAUAAGCAAACCACACCAACAAACAAACAAAAAAACUACCAUUCAUUUUUCUUAUGCGUGUAAAUAAAAACAACUUAAAAUGUACUAUGUAAUAUGAUGCAGGACUGCUAAAUAGCUUAGGGACGUGAGGAGGUGUUUGCUUGCACUGCCUGUGGCAAGCAGCAGUAGUAGUAAUAUACAAAUAUAUUUCGCUCUUGUCAACAGUCACACACACACAAACACCCUCACACACUGGCUUGUACACAGACGUGCGGGUCACUGCCAUUUGCGGUUUUUCUCAGAAGCGCGCGUCAAAAUCAUCUGCAUACAAAGGUGAAAGGUGAGCAGAUGUUGGGAAAGAAAAAACGUCUAAACAGAGGUGUGGACAUCUGGGUUAAAUGCGAGACUUUGUUGUGUCCUCUGACGUAUGUGAUGGCAGGUCUUCGUUUGUUUACUUCAGAUUCACCUCAAGGUACUAAUAUUAAAUGUUGAGCUUUUCAUUCACAAUCUACAUGUUUUAUCAUAUGUGUCUGGGGCCGUCCACACAGAAAGCAUUUUUGCGUCCUUCUGCUCUGUCCUUCUAUUUAAAGGUGCUGUACGUGAUUUUUUUUUUAUGGAAUGGCGAAAGAUAUCACUGAAAUAAGUGUCCUGAGAUAUCUCACCGUUCUCUGUGACAGCACUAGGCUUUGUAAACAGCUUACAAAAAUGUGUCCGUGGGCCGCAGUCUUUGACGCUUUUGUCUGUCAAUCAUUUUGCUCGUUCUCAUAGUGUUGCACUUGAAGUCCACCACUAAAGCUUAAUGCCAUAUUCAGAUUCAUAAUAGUUGUCAGUUGAGGGCGCUAUUAUGCUACUGAUGUAAUUAACACCUGUGGGAACACGCACUAAUGCUGCGCUUUCACUCUGUAUCUGUCUCAACGGUUUCUUUGAUGUGCAUGGUUUUGAAAGAGGGGGCGUGGAUAAAUUAACGGCUUGUCAGUCUUGUGGAAGUUAGAACGGCUAAAUCGCAUACAGCACCUUUAAUUUGUUCUUCUAUUUAAAGAUGCUGUAAGGAAUGGAAUGCAGAUAUAUACUAUUACUACAGCAAACCAAAAUGUGUCUGCAGGCCACGGUCUUUGAUGCUUUGGCCUGCCAAUCAUUUUGCACAUUCUCAUAAGCUCCAUUACCACUAUCAGGGCAAUGAGGGUGUGCUAGUGCGAGAUGGGCCCUUUGCUGGUGUUGGUGGAACUGCUGUGCAUUGAAUAUCGCUAUACGGACUCCUUUCACGGUCUCAACAACUCAGUCUCCUGCUGAUAGCGAUUAGACACGCUCCUCCCUCGAACACGGAUAGGGUAAAAUGCCACGAGAUGGGGCCCCUGGGCUUCAGCAACGUGUAAGCCCAUGCGUUAACACACCCCUGUAUGCCAGGGCCAGUUGUGUUCCCACUGUCACUUCCAGGCCGGCGUGUUAAGGCCCGGUUUUAAGUCUUCGGGGCUAUUGGCCCAAUGGUAGGAAUGCAGAUCAGCUUUGGUCUCGUGGCAAGAGGUCCAAGGCUAUUGGCCCCCGACUGGCCAGUUGAUAGCUCUGGCUCGACAGUGGAAAAAUGGCUAUAGUGUUGUAGUUGAAGAGGACCAUUGAGGCGUAAUGUCAUAUUCAGGUUCAUAAUCAAUUGAAGGUGCUAUUUUGCUACUGUUGUGUUUGAAAAUUGUAGGGACACGAACUAAUGCCUCUUUUCUCUUCGGUGUCAGUCUCAACAUUAUCUUUGAUGUACAGGGUUUUGAAAGAGGGGGUGUGGCUAAAUUAACGGCUCAGUCUCAUGGAAGUAGAACAGCUAAAAUCACGUACAGCACCUUUAUACAUCCGCUAAACGGACGUCUGUGACCAUUGCGUUUUGUCUCGCAUGAAUGUUUUCAGCAUUGUGUCAAGUUAAAAGUUUCGAAACACCUGAAUUCUUUUACAAUUGUUACACUGGGUCUUGCUCUUUUUGAUUUGAACAGCCCCUUAAAUGAUAACAAGAAGUAUGCAAUAAAAAGUCUCAGAGUCCUCCAUUAUGUAAAGGAAAAAAACAACAAUUACCAAAUGUUUCUAUUCCGCUCAAGGUUUAACAUGAAAUUGGCAAAUUUUUCCCCAAUCAAUAAGAGGGUAAAUGUGUGCUGUGAACAACAUCACAGAUGAGAUUUGUUCAGGACACCAUGAAAAGCUUGUUAUGGGGUGGGUGAUCAGUGAAUGGAGAAGCUGGUGAAAAACCUGAAGUUUUGAGUUUGCACUAUUGCGAGUGGUAGGUUGGUUUUCACGCACACUCUGCGUCCGGUACCCUGGUGCAGUGCAGUAACACACCAUAGAAUUAGAACUUAAAACACCAUAGAUAUUGAAUUAGAAUUUAAAUUCUAUGGGCCAAACCGCCCAAUGUGUUUAGAGGUCUCUGAUGUAUGGUACUAUUAUAAGAGGAUAAAAAUCAGGCUUGCUCAUUCUCUUUAAAAAAUAUCUUGUCAGGAAUAUUUACUCAAAGUACUGUACAAAUCCUUUUUUCUUUGUUUUGGCCUAAAAUUAAGUUUAUUAAACAAGACCUCCAACGAGCUUAAAAACGUAAGCCAAGGAGGAGAUUAAAGCUAUGGAAAAACAAACAAACGCUACCCUUACAAGAGACCUAAAUAAUGAUAAAAAUUGACACUUAGCUAUCACUUUAGCCAUCAAGUAAGCUCUUAUGAAAUGUCUCCUCUCUCCCAUUAGGACCUUUUUGUCGACCUUACAACAAUAGUUUAUAUGAAUUUCAUGUGAUUACUUGGACUCUUAAUUAUGAGGAUUUCUGACAAAUAUUGUGACGUGUUUUGUUUUUUUCUUUUAGGCCAUUGGCUCACCAAAAGGUGUGUAAAUUCAAAAUGAGUGCUGUUUAGAGUCAACUGACUGUGCAAUCUCUUGGUGGCAACUUAAUUGCUAUAAAAAGGAUUUUCUUCUCUCCUAAGAGAAAUUUCCAAAGUGUGAAAAUAAUGCUGGUUCCAUUACAGUGGAAUCCAUUGCGUACUAGAGUUGCAUAGCCAUUGGAUGGCCUCCUCUUGGGGUAGGGAGGGAGAGGCGGGUGGGACGGUUUGUCCAUGUUCCUUCAGCCAACACUUGCUUUAAAAUGUUUGACUUGAAACUGGUUUAAACUAGUCUCUGCUGACAGGCUGAAGCAUACGUGAUACAAAAGAGGAAACUCCCAAAAGUCUUGAGAACUGAUAAAUUAUUGUAACAGUUAUUCAGCUUGUUGGUGAGAACGCCUCUAUUAGAAAUAGAGACAAUGUGAUAUAG